UAACUUCUCUAUUAAAACUCGGAGUUCAAGUUCAUUGGUGAUUGUGAGGGUCAGUGUUGUAUUGGGCGAGUGCUCAUUCCUAUCUGCGAGCGCGGUGGAGUGAGGAAUGCAAAUGACCACACCAAACCUCAACGCGCCUGAGUCGUGAGUGCGACCUCAUAUCAUACCUUCCCUCACCUCGCAGAUUCAUUCAAAUUCGCUGUCGUCAUGCAUCCAAUCCACUACUUCUCUCCCCUCAUAACCCUCCUCCUCAGACAAACAUCAGCAUGCAUGCACUACUCCGCCACGUUCCCCUACGCCACUCACCUCCCCUUCGAAGCGACACUCACUGACAACAGCGUGGUAACAUGUUGGAUCAGCAUGACGUACGACCAGCAUGAUAAGCAGCAGACUGCUUUUUCGAAUCAUCGGCGUGCGAGAACUAAACCACUUCGGCAGAAGCAGCAGGAGCAGCAGAAGCAGAUAUCGCUUACCUCGGAGCUUGUGAGGAAUAAUAGGACUAAGGACGGGAAGACGGGGAACUUGAAAAAGGAUUUGAAAAGGAGUGCGGGGCAAGAAAGAGGAGAGGAGGGAGAGGAGCAGGUCAAAGGUAUCUGGUUACCGUGGGAGUUUAAGUGUCUCGAGGGGUAUCAAGCGCAUGCGGGGAUUGGACUCAGGGCAGUGUGGUAUAGUGCGCAUGGGCAGGAGUUUGAGUUUGCACCAAAGUGUGAGGAGGAUGUGCUGGGGGAGAGGUGGCUUUAUGGGGUUGUUUAGGAGGGAAGAAUAUUCACGGAGCACGACUGGGCUAU